UUAAAUUUAUUCCUGAGGAACUUGCAAUCACAUUUUUAAGCUUCAUUGAACAUGGAAAGUGACAAGUCACAAGGAUUCAUGUACUCGGACCAGUCGGACCUGUUUUUGAGGCUAUACAGUUACUGUAGAACCGAUUGCGCUUACAAAGUCAGGAUGUAACACCUUCACUGCCAGAGACGGUUGCAACCUAUUGCUUUUCUGGCGCCCAAGGGGCUAAGAAGCUGCAUUAUGUGAACCGAGAUAAUACCCAUAUUACUUAAUAUAUGUUAAGAGAAUCAUUGUUUUCUAUUAACAUUUCAAAACGAGGAUUAAUCAAUUCUGUUGCCAGUUCUGAUUGUGGCUGAAGGGAAUGGCCCUACAGCAGACGAAAGGUUAAUGUUGAUCAAGGAAGGAAGGAAGUAAACAGACAUUUGAUUUUUCUCUCUCUGCUGUUGUAGGUGCAGAACAGCUGCUAGACACACACUGCUGGGGACAAGUUUUCGGUGAGACUCUGCUCCUCAGCCAGUGAAGUAUGAGUGUGGCAGACAGCGAGGCGGUAAUCACCACCCCUCCCCCUCCCAGCAUGCCACACAAAGAGAGGUACUUCGAUCGCAUCAAUGAAAAUGACCCCAGCUACCUCAGAGAGAGGAAUAUGUCCCCAGACCUCCGUCAGGACUUCAACAUGAUGGAGCAGAAAAAGAGAGUGACACAAAUUCUUAAGAGCCCAGCAUUUCGUGAGGACUUGGAGAGUCUCAUCCAAGAUCAGAUGAUGAAAGGGAAUAACCCCACAGGGCUGUUGGCCCUGCAGCAGAUAGCAGAUUACAUCAUGGCCAGCUCCUUUGCCGGAUUCUCUUCCUCUCCGCUCAGUUUGGGGAUGGUCACCCCUAUUAAUGACCUCCACUCAGCAGCAGAGAACACAAUGCCCAAAGGAGAGAAACUGACCCGUUGCAAACUGGCCAGCAUGUAUCGAUUAGCUGAUCUGUUUGGAUGGGCCCACCUGACAAAUUCCUAUUUUACGGUUAGAGUCAGCAAAGAGCAAGAUCAUAUUCUCAUCAUUCCUAGGGGCCUCUCAUUUGCCGAAGCUGCUGCUUCCAACCUGGUAAAGCUGAACAUUAUUGGAGAGGUGGUGGAUCAGGGGAGCACCAACCUGCAGAUUGACCCUUCAGGCUUCAGUCCCCAUGCAGCUAUUUAUGCUACUCGUCCAGACGUGCGUUGUGUCAUCCAUAUCCAUACCCCCGCUACUGCUGCUGUCUCCUCUAUGAAAUGCGGGAUCCUCCCCAUCUCGCAGGAAGCGCUGCUGCUGGGGGAUGUGGCCUAUUACAAUUACCACGGCUCUCUGGACGAACAAGACGAGAGACUCCAACUGCAGAAAGUGCUAGGACCCAGCUGCAAGAUUCUGGUGCUCAGGAAUCACGGAGUGGUGGCGCUGGGCGAGAGCGUGGAGGAAGCUUUUCAUUACAUCUUCAAUGUGCAGCUGGCGUGUGAAGUGCAGGUCCAUGCACUGGCUGGUGCUGGAGGGGUCGAUAACCUUUUGAUGCUGGAUCUGGAAAAGUACAAACCUGUCACCCAUAGCCUGGCUGCAGCUGGCGGCGGCGGGGUGAAUAUGGAGGGGCAGUACAAAUGGAAGGUGGGGGAGCUGGAGUUCGAGUCCCUCAUGAGGAUGCUGGAUAACCUGGGUUACAGAACAGGCUACGCGUACAGACAUCCCCUGACCAGAGAGAAGCCGCGACACAAGAGCGAUGUGGAAAUCCCAGCAACAGCCACUGGUUUCUCAUUUGAGGAUGAUCCCUCAAUGCCACACUCGCCUCUGAAGUUCCUGGCUCAGCGGCAGCAAAGGGAGAAGACUCGCUGGCUGAACUCGCCUAAUACCUACCUUAGGGUGCAUGUUCCGGAGGAGUCUGUGAACGGAGAGAUGAGUCCCAGAACAAAGAUCACGUGGAUGAAAGCCGAUGAGUUCAGCAAGACCAGCGGUGGGUUCCCCAUCAAGAUUGAAGACCCUAAUCAGUUUGUGCCUCUAAACACUAAUCCCACAGAUGUUCUGGAGAAGAGGAAUAAGAUCCGGGAGCAGAAUCGGUACGAUUUAAAGACGGCUGGCCCGCAGUCUCACGUCCUAGCUGGGAUUGUGGUGGAUAAAAAGCCAAGUUCUCCCAUACAGUUUGAAGAGGAUGAAAAUGCCCCACCCCCACCCCCCAACCCAUUCAACUACUUGUUGCAGCAGGAAACUGAUGGAGAAGUGAAAGGAGAGAAUGGUGGGAAUCACGAUGCUGAUGAUGACAUGACUUCAGAUGAAGCGUCAUCUGCCCUAAUAACUCAGUCCCUACCCCUGACGCCAGUUACCACUGCAGAGCCUGCAGAGGAUGUUGUGUUUCUGACAGACUCGCCAGCAGUGGUGGUCAAUGGUAAAGACGGCAGCCGACAUGAGACAGAUGAGGACCUGACCAUGCAAGUGAGCCAGCUGAGCGUGGGCGAGAACGUGGAAAUCACAGUCAGAACAUCAAAGAUCAUUGAAGGGGACCUCACUCCAGAGGGCUCACCGUCCAAAUCGCCCAACAAAAAGAAAAAGAAGUUCCGCACUCCGUCCUUCCUGAAAAAGAACAAAAAGAAAGAGAAACUGGAGGCGUAAACGCCACUUUACAAAAUGGAUUUAUGUGCUGGGUCUAGUAAGUGAGCAGUGAGAGUGGUUGUUAACCUCUUCGUUGCCUGUUGGACCUGUAUUUUGCUGAAAGGGGUAAAUUCUUGUUUGUUUGUUUUUUGAAGACGCAGCUUUCCUAGCUGAGCCGCAUAUAUUCCUCUCCCAUAGCACACGCUCCGUGUAUAUAGAUCUCCCAUCCCUGCCAGUAGGGCCAGCGGACUGUGAGCGGUGAAUAUCCAUGACUGGACCUUCUGACAGAGUGAGGGAUGUUGGCAUCGCCAUCCAGGUGUUCAGGAUCUGCGUCUUUCCUAAUAAUGUCAAUGCUGCAAUGCUUCCGAUGGUGCAUAAAGUGGGAUUAUUAAGGAUUAUUUGUCUCCUUUUUUCCCUUUUGGAAUAAUUUGGAUUCACAUGUAAACACACAAUAUUCUCAUACAGAGGUACAUAUACGUCACGUAUAUAGAUUUGAUUGUGGGUACACCUAUAUGCACACAUGCAGCAUAAAUGUGAGUAGGAUUUGCACAUCUGUAUUUUAGUUAAAUGGCAUUAAUGCUUAUAUAGUUUGCUACCUACAGGGAGCAAUAAAAUGCUGAUUCAGUCUUGCAAUUAUAGGUUUAUUUCCACAGUUACUGUGCAGCCAACUGGACCUUUAAACUGGAAUAAAAAUGAUGAUUGUAUUGUCAGGGCAGAGGUCCUACACUCUGGGCACAUGUAAAUGCCACCUUAGAGGGCAUUUUUAUGUUGAAGAAUAAGACUGCAAGAUGCACAGAUUAUUAGAUUUCCAUUGCUGGUUCUGUAAAUUAUUACAGCACUUGGCAAACAGUGUCUGCCAUGUUAAAUCUUUGUAGCGAAGGUUAUAAGAGGUCAGCUUCUGAUAGGCUGUUACAGAAGGUCCCGUUCAUUCUUGGAUUUUGGGUUUCCCAUUUUUAGAAGCUUAAAUCCUAGCACAUAGAUACCAUGCUGAGUCUUCAUGUUGUGGUUAUCGCAUCGCACUAUGUGUCCCACUGUUUGCAACUGAUUUACAAGGGCACAGUUUAUAGCGCCUUAAAGUUAUUAGCGGCUUAGCAAACGCCCUUAGGCAGCCCUUGAGUAGUAGUAUGAAUCCAUUAACAAUUUCAUUUUAAUACAAUUUUGCCAAAUAUUUCUAUUUUCCCUCAAUUGCUGCCGGAGCAGAAAUAUUGCACACAGGAAGAGAAAGUGAGGUGUCAUUUUAGAUGUUUUUAGCUAUAUUUAAAGAUUCAUUGUAGUUUAUAACUUUGAUAUAAAAAUGAUUUUAUCUCUGACAACAGGAGCCACUCAGCACAAUCCAGUUACCAAUGAAGAAUAGAAUGAACUUUAAUUUUAAAAUAAAAGAUACUGGACUUUAUUUGUGUAAUGCCCUCUGCCCUAUAAUAACUAAAGAGCUGAUUGUGCUAGAGUAAAAGGUCAUUUUAUAGUCCAACAAGCACAGAUAGUAAGGUCGCUCUGCGCCCGUUUGCUCGGCCUGUACCACAGAUUACAGAUUUUAAUAGCCUGGAAAAUAAUGUUUUUAAUUAGUUCUUUCUUUGACCCAUGAAUUGAUGGUUUUGGCUUACUAUGAAAAAUGUAGAUACAAAAAAUGUCUUGUUAGUAGAUUUGUUUUUUGCCUUUUUUAUCAAUUUGAAAUUAUUUUGUAAAUUAGUGUUUUUACUAAGAUUCUAUUAAUUAAACAACAGUUACUUUUUUUCUGAUAAGCUUAGCAGAUUACUUCCCUUCUAGUAAAUAUCUUCUAGGUGCUGUUACAUACGCUCAGCUAACAGCUUUUUUCUGUUGUGCAAAUCUGAUAUAUCUGCCUAUAAGGAUCAUGCAAUGGCACUUAACUGUCCUGUUAUGUAUGCUGCUUACUUUGGCAGUUAUGUCAGGGGGUUAAUCAGACAUUUAUUUUUUUAAUUUACAAAGAAAUCCAUUGGAAUGAAAUGAAAGCUAAUGUAUGUUUUGUUAAUUAAAUAUGGUUUUAUAUUGAAUGUCACUUGUCAAUGUCACACAAGUGUUUUUGAAUGAAGCACGAGAUGGAAAUUUAAAAAACAACUUGUAAUAAGCCAUUUCAAUGAAAAGUAAUAAUGUUUAAAAAAAAAAAAAAACUGGAAACUUUAGUAUCCUAAUGUUUCCAUUUUUUUUAAUGUAGCCAAAGACUUUCACUGUUACCUACAGAGCAUUGCACUUGUUCUCCCUGAUAGGGCAAUUCUCUUCCAGAGGGGAGUUGGCAGUGAAUUCAUAUGAGAACAUCAGAUAUAUUGUGUCCCUUGUCAUAUAAUUUAGAUCAUCUCAACUACUUUAAAAUGGUAUUUGUAUUGUGUCCUUGUCACAAUUGUGUGGUCUGCAACACUAAGUAUCCCCUGGAAUUUUUUUGAAUGUGUCUUGGGGCCGCUCUUAGAUAUUGUGUUUAUCUUAAAGAAGAUAAUGUAUUGGGCCCAGUUUUAAAAUCAGGGUGUGCCGGACUUAGCCAAUAACCACUAAAGACAAAGCAUUUUUAUUUGAUAUUACCCAAAAUGUCAAGCUUCUCAAAUUUAGAGAGUCUAAUGUACAAGGGACGAGUUUUUUUUGUUUUGUUUUUAAUGAAAAGAUAAAAUGGCACUUUAUUUCUGGCCUAUAUCGUUCUCGCUUCUGUGACAUCCGGCACAAGCCUCGGGUAAAAUUUGUAAUUUCUGAAAUGCCUAGCAGAUCCGUCAAACCUUUUCCAAGGUUCCAAAGAUCCCCUAGUUUUAGCUUUUUUGAACGUUUCUGCCUUAUUCCCUUUCUUAACAAUCUCCUUUCUUAUUCGGUGCUUUUACUAGGAGAGGCAUUUAAAUAAAUUAAUACAUUGUGAAAAUAUAUUGUAAAUACUGAACAUAUAGCAAACUGUUUACUCAACACAAAUGCUGUCUCUCUUAAGUUGGUUCUGGUACAAAUAUAUUUCAGUAGAAAUCUGCAGGUAAAUAUAGAGCCACAAGAAAAAGUGAAAAUAAAUGUCAGUUGGAAAUUAAUUUUUUUAAAGAAAAAAAGCAGAAUAUUUUUUAUCCUGGGGUAGAAAUCUGGACCUGAAUAUACUGGGAAAAUGUUUAUUUUGCAUAUGAAAGCUUAAGUCCAUUUUAUUGCCAGCACAAUUAAAUAUGUCAGAUUUCUGUCAUUCAAAGGAGUUGCCUUUAAAUUGCUUAAUCUUAAGUAGUUAUUUUUCUUAAAAUCGGCUUUAUUUUUUGUUGUAAAAACAUGUAGGAACAAAAGUCUGUGAACUAUGCUAUACAUAACUUUUUUUCUAAAAAAAAUAAUUAAGAAAUAUAUAAAAAUUAUAUCUAAAUGGAUGCAAAGUGCAUAAAUAUUUUUAAAAUACAGUCACAAGCUAUAUGCACCUUUUUAUUUUUUCUCCUGCUUAAUGCCUCAAUAUAUAUAUAUAUAUAUAUAUAUGCUUUGCCGUAAAGAAUGAGCCAUUUGAAAAAAAACCUGUCCUGUGGAAAUAUAUAUAUGUUACCUGGUAGAUGUAUUGCUAAUUAAUGUUGAUGAAAUCACAAAAUAAACAGUAUUUUAAGUAGAUGGAUUUUGUAAUAUCACCUUUUUAAUAAAGAUGAGUUAAUCUUGGA